CUGAAUAUCCAGGCCUAGGGACACAGCCAAAUGAGAUUUACCAACAGCAUGAAUCAAGAAAAGUUAGCCAAGCUUCAAGCUCAGGUCCGGAUAGGGGGCAAGGGGACAGCUCGCAGGAAGAAGAAGGUGGUGCAUAGGACAGCUACUGCUGAUGACAAAAAGCUUCAGGGUUCACUAAAGAAACUGGCUGUGAACAAUAUAGCUGGUAUUGAAGAGGUGAACAUGAUUAAAGACGAUGGAACAGUUAUUCAUUUCAACAAUCCCAAAGUCCAAGCUUCCCUCUCCGCUAACACCUUUGCAAUUACUGGUCAUGCAGAAGCCAAACCAAUCACAGAAAUGCUUCCUGGAAUACUAAGUCAGCUUGGUGCUGACAGCUUAACGAGCCUUAGAAAGUUAGCUGAACAGUCCCCACGACAAGUAUUGGAUAGUAAAGCACCCAAACCAGAAGACAUUGAUGAAGAGGAUGAUGAUGUUCCAGAUCUUGUAGAAAAUUUUGAUGAAGCAUCAAAAAAUGAAGCUAACUAAAAUCUUCUGGGUUUUGGAAGCUGGCAUGGACUAGAUUUAACAAUCAGCUCUGUUGUUCCAAAGUUUUACAGACAUGGAGAACAUCACCUGUUAUUAGUUCCGUAAUAUAAAUAUUUUGUAUAUUAAUGAUGCUGUUUUAUCAGCAUUUCUUGGUCAUUGGAUUUUGCAUUUUGCACUUCUUCCCAGGAUCAAUUCUUUUGGUCAAAAUAUGAAGUAUUGGUACAGGUUGAGGGUGGUUUUUGUUUUUUGGGGGGGACUUUUGGUGUGUAUGUAUAUGUAUGUGUGUGGGUAUGUGUGUACACAGUGGACAGCAGAUUGGAUAACAGUUAUAUCUAUCGUAUCCCUUCCCCCAAUAGAAAUAAAGCAAAUCUUUACAAAAAAAAAAGAAGAAGAAA